AUGAGAACUCGACCAUCUGCCAUGAGUUCCUUGACUAAAGAUUACAUGCAUCGCAAGAGGAAAUCACAUAAAGCUGGUUAUUCAAAACUUUCUUUGUUGAGGAGGGAACUGCGAGAAGGGAAGCUACAUUCACUUUUUGGAGGGUCUUCUCGUGUAGCUUCUUCAAACAAUGCAGCUCCAGACCCAUUAUUGUCUUCAUUUAUUUUGCCAAUAGGUGAUGAUUUUGGAAGCCUUCCAUCGCAUUCUUCAACCGAGUUAGUAUCAAUCAAGAAAAGUGCAACCGCAAAUUCUUCAGAAAGAAAAGUGCAACCACCACCCUUGUCGGUCGAAGACCAGGAGGAGAAGGCCAAGAGGUGCGCAUUUGUUCAAGGAUUGCUGUUGUCCACAAUUCUUGACGAAAACUUAAGGUCCGACUAA